AUGGCAAAACUUGGAGCAAACAUUUUUGAAGUAGCUCCCAACAGCAAUUCUAUCGUCACCAAACAAACGGCUGGCGUCCUACCCCAUCAACAUAAAAGUUUUAACGUGUUAAACAUUGGAAGAACUAUCAUAAAAGCAGAACUUCUAAAUGGUACUAGCCUUUCCUGGCAUGGUUCUCUUCAGUCUCCAGUUGAAAUCCUACCAGGCGAGGGAAAAACUUUAGAAGUUGGAAAAAAUUUGUACUAUGUAACUGCUGUCAGGAUAUAUAACCAUUCUUCAGUACGAGCUCUAGUACACGUCGGUAAAGUUGAUGGUACUAAUUGGGAUCAAGAAACCAAAGGCGAGUUAAAAUUUGACUUAAGCUACAUUGCUAAUAUUCUGGUUAAAUACGGUCCAGGUAGUAUACCAGUUGUCGAUAAUAAACUUGAAACCAUUAUAGACUUCUUUUGGCCUCAAUUUGAAAGUAUCUGGAAUUUAACGAUAGACGCUGAGUACCAACUCCACGAAAAAAUGAAAAGCGAUAUUAAACAAUUAAGGGAUAAACUGUUAAACUUUAAUGUGACUUUGGAGUAUUUAAACAAUAGUCAAACUACUCCUUUCCAUUUCAUGCAGUUAAUAGACGAUAUGGUAGGAUUUGAAAGAAAAUUUAUCUUUAACCCUGAAGCAGCCAACUCGGAGUUCUUUAACUACAUGUUUCUUCCAUACUAUUCAUCAGUUAUUAGUCUUAAAAUGUGUCUUUAUCAAUUUGGCAUUCUCAAUAGACUUAAAAUAGGUUUAUUCGAUGAGCAGGUUCGUCGUUUGUUACUCCUGUCCAAACAACUGAUUGAAAAUAGAUCAGAUGGAGCUAUAAGUUACAUCACACGUAUCUACAAGGACGUAUUUAACAAACAAUAUUCUAGUUGUGACCCUCAACAAAUCUAUGAAGCUUUAUCUACGGUUCGGACGUGCUGUGGGGUUGCCGGAUUUGAGUUCUUUCCUUACUGGAAUGGAAUUCUUUCGAAUCCAUAUUGGCAAAAGAAAGCUUACAACGACGUGGUUGUAUAUUCUAGCUAUUAUGGUAGAUUAAGUCCAAACUUGGCUAAACAACUAGUUCCCGAAGAAGUUGAGGAACCUCUACAACCAAAAUUGAUCAGCAGUGGAAUAAGAAACAAAAUGACACGUAUUGAUGUUUUUAUAUGGAGAAAGAGCUACAAGACAUCUCCCAAAAUUGGGGGUAUGUCCGUUUAUUUCCAGAGCGGCGAAGUUUAUAAUCUUGGACAAAGAAGUCAAGAAGUACGAACUAUCGAUUUUAAAGAAUUCGCAUUGGUUAAACUAGUAGCUUGGGGUGACCACUGCAUUGAUUGUUUGGAGUUUAUAUUUUCUGAUGAACGAAAGGAGAUGUGCGGAUCUAAAGAUUCGCUGGAAGGCAAACAUUUCGUUUUUGAGCUUGACUGUCACUAUAUCGCUGGAAUUUAUUUGGCUAAUGAUGUACCAAUCUUAAAAGGACAAGCUGCCAAUAUUGCUGUAUCUUUUCAACUUAAUUCUUGA